UAAAUACCAACACCAACACCACAGAGGCAUCAGUCGCUUCAUAGCCUUUCAAUCACACACAGUCCCAGGACAAACAAAAAAAACCCAUCCAAAAUGAAAUCGUUCAUCGUUCUCGCCCUCUUCGUCGCCGCUGUCGCCGCCGCCCCCGCUGGCCCCGACGCUGACGCUCAGAUCCUCCGCUACGACUCAGACAACAUCGGAGUCGAUGGCUACAGCUACGGUGUGGAGACCUCCAACGGCAUCAGCCAGCAGGAGCAGGGUCAGCUGAAGAACGCCGGCACUGACGCCGAGGCCAUCGAGGUCCGCGGACAGUUCUCCUACACCGGCCCCGAUGGCGUGGUCUACUCUGUCACCUACAUCGCCAACGAGAACGGCUUCCAGCCCCAGGGCGCCCACCUCCCCGUCGCUCCUUAAUUCAAUUCAAUUAACCCCAAUAUCUAGUCCAAAAAAUACUCAUCCUUAACCUAAUCCCCCUUCCUUUGUUAAUUAUCCACUCCAAGCGAUCUGUGAUAUGAUCCUGAACGAUUUUGUUAAUAAAACAAUUUAUGUUAUAGUAAUUUA